GGUCUCCCGCACGAGGGGCGGUGGCGGAAGGGGUAGGUCCGGCCGCGCGGCCCGAGCUCCUGGCUCGGGCAGGUCACCACCACAGGGCAAGCAGCCAUGAGUCUGGUGGCCUGCGAGUGCCCCCCGGGCCCUGGCCUGGAGCCUGAGCCUUGCUCCCGAGCACGGUCCCAGGCCCGCGUGUACCUGGAGCAGAUUCGCAACCUGGUGGCUCCCGGGGCCCCUGACGUGACCAAGCGCGACUACCUGGUGGAUGCAGCCACGCAGAUCCGGCUGGCCCUGGAGCGGGAUGUCAGUGAGGACUACGAGGCAGCCUUCAACCACUACCAGAACGGCGUGGACGUGCUGCUGCGGGGUGUGCACGUCGACCCCAACAAGGAGCGAUGCGAGGCUGUGAAGCUGAAAAUUACCAAGUACCUGCGGCGGGCCGAGGAGAUCUUCACCUGCCACCUGCAGAAGACCCUGGGCGGUGGGGCCAGCCCCGGCACGGGUUUCAGCAGCCUGAGGCUCCGGCCCAUCCGCACACUGAGCUCUGCCCUGGAGCAGCUGAGGGGCUGCAAGGUGGUUGGGGUCAUCGAGAAGGUGCAGCUGGUCCAGGACCCAGCGACCGGAGGGACCUUCGUGGUAAAGAGCCUGUCCAGGUGUCACAUGGCGAACCGGGAGCGGCUGACCAUCAUCCCGCACGGUGUCCCCUACAUGACAAAGCUGCUUCGCUACUUUGUAAGCGAGGAUUCCAUCUUCCUGCAGCUGGAGCAUGUGCAAGGGGGCACGCUCUGGUCCCACCUGCUCUCCCAGGAGCAGCCCCAACAGUCUGGGGGCAGGUCUGGCUCCAGCCCAGAGAGGAUGAAGGCUCCGCUCAACUCACCCCUCGGCCUCCAGACCCCAGCACCACUCCCCCUGGGACCCACCUGCCAGCCGGACAGAAUCCUUCGGGAGCUCCCACAGACUUCUCAGAGCCUUCCCCCAGCCAGGGAGGCCCCACCCAUCACUCCCCAGAGAGAGGCUGAAGGUGACCCCUCCGCCAGGACCCACGCUUCCUGCCCCUCGGACCUUCUGAAGGCCCCGGUUGGCCGCCUGCACCUCCAAGCCAGGCGGCGACCUGGCCAGAGCUUGGACGUGAGGCCCUCUUGGGGGCUCCCUUGGGUUCAUCAGGGGGCUGUCCGGGUGCUGGGGGCCUGUGGCCAAGGCAGAAUUCCGAGCCGCCCCUUAGCAGAUAGGGCUCAACCGGGGUCUGGCCGUGGCGCCUGGAGGGUGAAGGAAGAGCAGGUGAAGCAGUGGGCGGCUGAGACCCUGCUGGCCCUGGAGGCGCUGCACCAGCAGGGGGUGCUGUGCCGAGACCUCAAUCCCCGGAACCUGCUCUUGGACCAGGCAGGUCACAUCCGGCUCACGUAUUUCGGCCAGUGGGCAGAGGUGGAGCCCCACUACUGCAGGGAGGCCUUGGACAAUCUCUACAGUGCCCCAGAGGUGGGUGGGAUUUCUGAGCUGACGGAAGCCUGUGACUGGUGGAGCUUUGGGUCUCUGCUGUAUGAAAUGCUGACUGGAACCGCACUGUCGCAGAGCCACCCCUCGGGAAUCCAGCCCCACACCCGGCUCCAGCUGCCCGAGUGGCUCAGUCGCCCAGCGGCCUCCCUGCUGACUGAGCUGCUGCAGUUUGAUCCUGCCCGGCGCCUGGGUGCUGGAGGCGGCGGUGUCAACAAGCUCAAGGCCCACCCCUUUUUCAGUACUACCCAGUGGAGCAAACUGGUGGGGUAAGAGGGGGCAGAGUGGGUCAUGGAGGCUGCUGGACUAGCCUGGAUCUUCUCUCCCCUCUGCCGCCCAGAGCUGGCCCGUCUAAUCAGUGACCCUCAGGCAAGGAAGGCAGGGCAGGUGCCCUUCCUGCUCAGUGCCACUCUUGGGCACCAUCGUAACCACCGCUACUGCCCAGAAGGGCCUGGGCGUCCCCCAGCCAGCUCUGGAGACCCUUUCUGGUCACUGCUGAGGGGGAGGGACAGGGAGAUCCCACCCAGUUGGGCAGCUCGGACCCCUCCGCCCAUCCGUCCUCCACCCGUCAGUCAACAGCUCCCUGUACCUUGACCGCAGACCUGCCAGGCCACAGGGUGCCUUCCGCAGCAUGAGCUCUGAGCUCCUGCCCGCCUGCUGAAUGGACGGCAAGGUUUCGUGACUCACGAGCGGCCAUGUGCCCCACUGGGGACAUCUCUGGAGACUCAUCUCAGGAUACUGGUCCACUGGCCCAGUGGACCCAAACCAGGGCUGCCCUGCCUGCUCAUCUUAGCCGUGCAACUUGGCCUCCUCCCCCUCCCAGGCUAUUCCUGCACGGGGUGGGAGUGGGGGGUACAGGAUCCACUUCCCGACCUGACCACGCGCCGUCUUACGACUUCAGACUGGAGAACAAAAGGCAGGCAGGAGAGAGAAAUAAGGAGAAGCAUCAGGGGAGAGGGAGAAAGGCACAACUCUGGCACGUAGUGUCAUUCUGAAAACAGAACGAAGAGCUCUCUUCCCCAGCCAGCCCACCAGUGUGGGAAGGGGAGCCUACCCCCUGGGCCUCCAGGCUGGAGCAACUACUACACUUUGUACCCAUUACAAUCCCUUCUCAGGCAUUUGUCCUCUUUACCAUUUUGCAUUUUCGUCUUGAGGGUCCAUUUAAUUCACCGCCCACUGUGACUUCACAAAACACAUGGAAUGAUUGCCUAAGCUUUUAGCCAGAAGCAGAAUGUUUCUGGUCCCUGAAGAGCUGGGGUAAGUAGUUACCUCAAAGACAAUCCCCUCCCCAGGUUUGGGGGUCCUCUGAUUCCCCUUGGGGCUUACCCUGUCACUGGGGUGUGGGAAGGAAAUUUCCACCAGACCUCUGCCCCCAACUCCUUCCUUCCAGUGUCUCCCACACCACCAGGGGACGCCUCUGACCUCCAGUCUGGCUGUGAAGGUCCAACUCUAACUCUAGGGGUAGAGACCAGUCCUACAGAGGGCACACGGGGGGAACACAGCCUGCGCCUGCUUUCCCUGGGCCUUGCUCAUACCCCCCACCCCCCAAUAAA